ACUGAUGAAGACCUAGAGUGGCAAUAUAAAAUCCUAACCAGGGUUUUUCCGGAGCUAGGGUUUGCUGGCGCUCGCGACAGAGAGAGCUGAGGAGAGGAAGAAGCGGCAAAGAGAGCGCGUCGCACCUCCGACGCAACCAUGGGGCGUAUGCACAGUCGCGGAAAAGGUAUCUCCUCUUCGGCUUUGCCGUACAAGAGGACCCCUCCUAGUUGGCUGAAGAUCUCCUCCCAGGACGUUGAGGAGAACAUCUGCAAGUUUGCGAAGAAGGGAUUGACGCCAUCUCAGAUCGGCGUCAUCCUCCGUGACUCACACGGUAUUGCUCAGGUGAAGAGCGUGACCGGAAGCAAAAUCCUUCGCAUUCUCAAAGCUCACGGGCUUGGUCCGGAGAUUCCGGAGGAUUUGUAUCACCUUAUAAAGAAGGCGGUGGCGAUCCGGAAGCAUCUGGAGAGGAACAGGAAGGACAAGGAUUCUAAGUUCAGGUUGAUCCUUGUUGAGAGCAGGAUCCAUCGCUUGGCCCGCUAUUACAAGCGGACCAAGAAGCUUCCCCCCGUCUGGAAAUAUGAAUCUACCACCGCCAGCACUCUUGUGGCUUAGGUUAGAUGGUGUCCCAAGGCAUGGAUGCUUCUGUAAACGUUUUCAUGUGAGAGAGACCAUGUCUUUUUUAUUUAGAUUCUGUUCCUGGUCGAAGCUGGGACUUCUAGAUAGCAUGCUCUGAAGUUUUGGGGUGAAAAAAUGAGAAUGAUUUGAGGUUUUGAAACUGUGGCUCGACUUUUUUUUUAUUUUUUGGAUUUAGUGGGAUGAAAUAAUAUUUUAAUUUGAAA